AUGGAAAGGCUAGGGAGUAGGAAGGGGAAGAAGAGCAUAAUCGUCAAGGUAUUCGAGCGAUGUCGUUCCCUCGGGCACCGGAGAAGCUCAGCUGCGGCGGCCACGCCCAAGAGCAAGCCAUGGGACAGCUCCAAGUCCACCGGGAGGCAACGGGCGCCUGAGGGCUGCUUCACGGUGUACGUCGGGCCUACCAAAGAGCGGUUCGUGGUGAGGAUGGAGUGCGUCAACCACCCUCUUUUCAGGAUGCUCCUCGAUGAGGCCGAGAUGGUGUACGGCUUCACCAGCCCUGGCCCGUUGCAGCUCCCAUGCGACGUCGACGUGUUCAACAAGAUCUUGUGCGAGAUGGACCAGGAGAUGAUGGCCCCGCCCACGUGCAGCUUCGCCAAAUGCUACAGCACCGGGUAUCGUCUUCUCAGCCCUCCAAGGCUCAUCGUCUCCGACCAUCUCUAA